GACACAUUGCAUUAAGCACUGGAUGUCACUGAACAGUUUACAUUUUAGCAGCACAGAAAGGGAAGAAGGAGAGGAAGGAGAACAACCAGUGUGAAGGAAAAGAGUCUGAUAAUCUAGGCAGGGCUGUGUGGAAUACAAGUGUGUAACACUCUGCUGGUUAUGCACUGGGGAAUAUCCAGCGUCUUUGCCUGUAGUGGUGGCUUUGUGCUUCAGUGCACCUGUGCUAAACUGAAUUCUGGCUGGUAGCCAGGCAUCUCUGCACAGCACUGGAUUCCUUGAUAUAGCUUCCUGCUUUGGCUUGUUAUGAUCAGUAAAUUCUGGACAGCAGUGUCAGGGCUGGUGGGGUCAAACAAGCACAGUGCACAGCCCAGCACCUGCACCCCUGAGAUGGAGCACCCAAACCCAGGAAAUCAAAACUCUAGCACCCCUUGUAGACCAGCCUUUCUCAAUUUAUCUGCAAAGGAGCUUCAGGAAUCAGGGGACCACUUCAUCAGGAAAGUAUUAACCUUGAAGAGACCUGGGGAACUACCUUGGGAGACAGGUUAUGCUGAAGUAAUCAAUGCCGGCAAAAGCCAGCAAAAUGAAGACCAGGCCUGCUGUGAAUUUGUAACAGUAGAAAAACAAAAUGCUAAAUUCAGUGAUUGCAAAGAACUUCAAGAUCUCAAAAUAGUCCAAGGAGAGAAGUGUCUCAGUCAGGAAGAUGAUGGUCUCUCUUUCUAUUAUUGGGGACUGUUUGAUGGUCAUGCAGGAUGUGGUUGUGCCAUAGCCGCUUCUCGACUCCUCCACCUUCACAUCUGUGAUCAUUUGCGGGACCUUGUACAUAUUCUACCACAUUCAGCAGCUGCUCCUUUAAGCCUUGAUCCUGGCAAUAGAAUAGAUCACAUGGCAGGUAUCAAAUCUCUAGAGAAUGCACAGGCACCAGAAGUUGCAGUCCGCUUUCACCUUGAAAAGCAAGUGUUUCCUGAGAGUCUUGUCAUUGGUGCCAUUGAGAACGCAUUCAAAGAGAUGGAUGAACAGAUUAAAAGAGAAAGAACUACAUACAAAAUUGAAGGAGGAUGCUGUGCUCUUGUUGCUGUCUAUUUAUUGGGCAAGUUAUAUGUAGCCAAUGCUGGCGACAGCAGGUAUGCUGUGCUUGUUUCAGUAAAUGGCCAUAAUCAUUAGUCAAGGGGAAACCAUAUCAAUGUCACAAGAGUUUACCCCAGAAACAGAGAGGCAGAGGCUGCAGUAUCUAGCAUUUCUGAAACCAGAGUUAUUAGGAAACGAAUUCACAUAUUUGGAAUUCCCUCGGAGGAUACAGCAGAAGGAACUGAGAAAGAGGAUGCUGUAUCGAGAUCACACCAUGACAGGCUGGGCCUAUAAAACAAUUGAAGUAGAAGAUAUGAAGUUUCCACUGAUUUAUGGAGAAGGGAAAAAGGCUAGAGUUAUGGCCACUAUUGGAGUCACACGAGGGAUUGGGGACCAUGAUCUCAAGGUGUAUAACUCAAACAUCUACAUCAAGCCUUUCUUAUCCUGUGUUCCAGAUGUGAGAGUAUAUAACUUGGCAGAAAGUCAGCGUUGCCCUGAUGAUGUAAUGGUAAUGGGAACAGAUGGGCUGUGGGAUGUCAUUAGUAACAAAGAAGUGGCUGACACUGUCAAAAGAGUUUUUUCUUCUCCUGACACUGACAUACAGGACAGGUAUAAUAUUGCAGCAAGAGAGCUUGUCCUUCAAACCAGAGGAAUUCUACAAGGAAAUAGUUGGAAAUUAUCUAAUGGGACACUGGCAUCUGGAGAUGACAUAUCUGUGUUUGUUAUUCCCUUAGCUGGACUAUCAGCUAAAUAUAAGCACCACUAGAGGGCAGAAUGGCACCUCAGAAUGACAGUUUUGUUACUGUCAGCAUAAUGCACCUGUAUAUACUGCAGGAGCAAGACAUACAAAGCACUUUGACACUAUAUUUCCUAAAAUUGUAUUUAAACAUACGAUGAGGAUAAAAGAAACAGAAGGUUGCCCAAGUGCUUUUACUGGAAAUGUACAAUAAGCAGUGUUAGAUGGGGCAAGAUAUCUUUAUAUUGCUAUUACACAAGAGAAUUAAUAAUAAGAAAAGUAUGAUGUCCUGGUGAAAAAAGGCUUAUUUUGAAGACAGGCAUUAUUGAACUAUGGUUAGGUUUUAAAUAUGGGUCCCUAUUCUAUAAGGCUGGUUCUUCAUGAUACCCAUUAGUAAUGUGAAUUUUUUUCCUACUAUUGAAAAAUAUCAUUAAAUGAAUAGCUGCUUCUGACCAUUUGAAUAAAAGUCUUUAAAAUAAA